CUCAUUGAAAAAGGCGAAGCCCCGAUUGGCAUUUGGGAAGGUCCGGUUCCAUUCAUCCGAGGUAUAGAGAUUUCACUUCAUUCACGAACAGCGAGAGAGGUUGAAAUGGCAUGGAGAGGACAGCUAUCCAAGAAUUUGAAGGAGCUUCGAAUCUUGCUCUGCCAAUCCUCUCCUUCAAGCGCCCCCGCUAGGGGAUUCGUGGAAAAGAAUUACAAGGACCUUAAGACUUUGAAUCCCAAAUUUCCAAUAUUGAUCCGCGAAUGCAGUGGAGUGGAGCCGCAAUUAUGGGCUAGAUAUGACAUGGGCGUUGAGAGGGUUGCUCGUCUGGAGGGUUUGAGUGAGGCACAAAUCUCGAAGGCACUCGAAGACCUAGUUAAAGUUGGGGCAUCCUGAAGGAGUAGUCUGCUGUGCUAUUGUUACUUUCUACAGACUUAAUAAAUGCACGAGUGGAACUUCUCUUGAGAUGCUUUUCUAUUUACAUUCUCUUCGCUCUGCGUUUUUGAGAUUAUUGCUCAAAUAUCCAUCUUGAGAACUCGUGUUUCUAGUACGUAUACCUAUUUGUUUAUAUGAAUAGUUUCUCCGGGAGUUGUCAUAAUGGAUACUUUUUGCAAUGAGA